GUCUAUUGCAUCUUUCGCCUUCUGCCAAAUCCAGGCCUCAGUUUUCUUCCAGCCAGUCCGUUUUCUUUGCUUGCCACUCGGCGCGGCAGUUCCGCCCUCCUCGUUGCACGGCUCUUCACACGCGACUCGGCGUCACGAAGUUUCCAAAGCUGCUGCUGCUGCUGCUGCUGCUGCUUCUGCAGGCUUUGAACCACAAUUCAAUUCUGACCAGUUUCAUUCAUCCUGCGCAACGGACGACUGCGUCGUCGUCGUCGUCGUCCUUCGUCCUUCGUCCUUCGUCGCCAGCCCCGCCCGUCCACUCACACCUUUGGCCUGGGCGUGCUGCUCGGGGGUCGCCCUCUCCCUCGCCUCGCCCUCGGCCCACGAAUUUUUCAGUAUAAAUAGCGCGGGCUUGCCAGUUCUGAGGGCUCUAGACUUCUUGUGAGAAUUGCGCGCCAGGGAUCGGAUCUUGUCCACGUGGUCGUUGUGCUCUUCGUCGUCGUGCUUGUCGACGAGAGUCUGGUGUGAGUGCCGGAUCAGCCAGCGCCGUGUUGCGUCGUCGGGAUUCUUAGUCUUCGGAGAUUUUCUCGUGUUCGCGUUUGUUUGUGUGUGUGUGUGGGACGAGAUUUUGGAGGUGGUGAGAUUUGAGAGGUGUGUGGGAGGAUUGGAGCGUGUCGAUUGGCGAGGCGCGAGGAGCAUUUGGGUUGGAACGAGUGGGAUCGAGAGAGGAGGGGUUUGCAAGGGAUCCUCGUGGCGAGCGAGGAUUUGUAUGGUCAGGGAGAGGAACCCUUCAGACGCGAAGAGGAGAAUGGCUGUGGGCAUGCCAACAGGUCAAGGCGCGCCUUUCUACGAUCCCUUCUACAGAGUGAAUAUCAACAGAUCCAGCGGUGAAGACAACUGUCAGCGCUACUUCGACGACUUCAGCGUGUUCAAUUACUUGCACCUGCCCAAGCCGCAGAGCCUGUCGAUCAACAGCCCGCGAGCCAGCGUCGAUGCUUCCGCGGCAGCAGCAGCAGCAGCAGCACACAGCGAUGCCAAAUCCGGCAUCUCGACUUCAGGAUCGCACGAGGCCGUCUGUGAUUCCGUUCCGAAACUCUCGACUCCAACUCGGAUCACCGCCGAACCGAAGAAUUACGCCACGGAGCCUGACGCCGGCAAGGAGAAUCAGAGAACGGCAGAGAACGCGCCGGUGAAUGCCGAAUGAGCACGGCGUCGAUGGUCAGCCGUCGACCAUGCACGCCGGCUCACCAUCUCUCCAGUUUGGUGGUAAAAUUUUGAUAUGGUCAUGUUUCAUCAUCAGCGCGGCUUUUUUGUUUCGGGUUUUUUUGGUCUUUCUGCGCCAGCAGCAGCGUUUCGAAUGGUUCGCUCUUCCAGGAGCUGCAUGUCUGCACACAUGCAGCCCAUUUCACCCCUCCCUCCCCUGUAAGAUUGAGGUCCCUCUGGUCUAUAGUCACCGUAGUUGUUUCAGUAUACUGCAGGUUUAGAAGACCCUCACGAGAACUUCCCUCGCCAUGUUCCGUGCAUAGGAACUGGUGUCCCUUAACCCUGGAUCGUUCUGGCCUUCGGGAAAGAAGGCGCAGCGCCUCCAGCAUAUCACGCGAGAUGGAUCGUCGGAAGAUGGUCUCGGUUGCACAAAUCGGCCGUCGAUUCGUUUUCUUGCUCUGGCAAUCGGUUGCGGGCACCGACCUGUGUCGUCUCACCACGUCUUGAGAUCUCGGUUGACACAUGCAUGACUCCAGACUUACAGUUACUCGGCGUGAAGCAGCCGCCGCGGCCUUGGGUUUCCAACUUCUGUACACUACAACCAACCAACCAGCUGUUAGUGGCUGCAUCAUCAUCAGACGAGCUCAUUUUCCGAAGUCCUUCGACAUUUUCGAUACGGUUCGACAUCCCACCUCUCGACGAGUCCGAUCACGCGAAGCAGGAACUCGUUGCCCUGCCAGAUUUCUUCGUUUCUUGAGACUUGGAAUGUCUCGGGUUAGUGGCGGUGGCCUACGCAAGGAAAGCUGUAGGUCUCUCGUGUGGAAAAUUACGCUGUGCAUUCGGCAUCCUACUAUCGAGAUCUUGAAUUUCAGACGCAUGCAUGUACAUUAGCUUCGCAGAGAAAUUCUGUUUAGGUGUUGAAGAAGCUUGUAUUUUGGGCCCCCCCCUUGUAGCAAAAUCAUCAUUACCUUUAGUCAGUCAGUGGUUGGUAGCUUAGCUCCUCUAGUGCAUCCGGUUCUCUCCCCGGAGAUUUCGCGGAGAUGGGUCGAUAGGUAGAUGUUGGGUCAGGGUUUCUUCAGGACACGCCAGGCUUACACUUUGGGUGAACUGUCCUUUUGUACAGCGUAGUCUAGGCAAAUCAGUUUGUGUGUAUACUACACCCCAAUAAAAUUGUCAAUAUACAGUAUAAAAUGU